CUGCAUCCGGGGUAUUGGGGUAAAAAGACGAAGAAGAAGUUGCCAGCAUGGCGUUUACUCUUUAUUCUCUCAUUCAAACUGCUAUUCUCUGCUUUAAUGCCGUCGCCGUGUUGCACGAAGAAAGGUUUCUCAGCAAAAUUGCAUCAGGUGUGGACCACGGAGUGUCGGGUUUUGGAGAUGACCCAGGAGUCAAAGUCCAAGUCCUCAAUCUCAUCCGCUCCAUCAGAACUGUCAUGCGAGUGCCUCUUAUCAUCGUCAACUCAGCCUCCAUCGUCCUGCUCUUACUUUUUGGGUGACGAGCAAGCAUCAAAGACAAACUGCGGAGCCAAGGAAACAUCCCACACACACACACACACACACACACACACACACUGACUUUAAGGUCAAAGUGUUGUCUCGCAUUUUCAAAAUCCUUCCAGUUUGAGCAGAAUCUUUUUUUUGUGUGUUAUUACAAUGUUUCUUGUUAUGGCACAAGUACAUUUGUACCUCCACAAACACAUUUGGAGCUCCCUGUUUGCCCUCGCUCAUAAACACAUUAUAAUGGGACUGCCUGUGUACGUAGCUUGUCGUCACAUCUCCGCACAGUCUUCUUCUUAACACACCUAAUACUCCAGAGAAUAAGAGGAUGUAGCAGGAGGGACAACUUGUAAAUGUAGCCAGUAUUCAGACCCCCUGUGGUUAGUAUUUGAUAUAUAAGUGAUGUGUGACUUGUUCAUGUGUUGUAGGACACCAGUGGAGACUCUGACAUGAAAGCACACGUCACAAUUCAAAGGCUACUCAGUCUUGAUUGGGAAAUUGGCCAACAAAAUAUAACAAAAAGAAGCAACUGCAAGAAAGUUUAUUCAUAUUUCACAACAUAUUUGUUUUGCUUUUGUUUGUUUUUACUCACUUUUUGUCGUCCUUACAGCGUCCAUAGACUUGACAUGCACAUGCGUCAUGGCCAAUUAUACCCACCGCCAUUAAUAGAUGGCAGUCCUGUGGGAAACUGUAGUUUUAGUAGUGAAGCAUUCAGCCAAAGUGUGACGUUUUCGGGUGAGCUCGUUUUUUAUUAAUAAGUGACAGUAUAUUAUUAGGGCCCGCAUGGCCCAUUGCAUAAGG